AUGGACAUCAACCAGCAUUGCGAUGGACCCGGCGACAUACCUUUGACUCUCCCUAACGGUCUAGGAGCUCCCAAAAAUACUGGCUUCUUGUUACCAGACACGGUACCUGCUUUUGAUGCGCGGCGACAGGGAUGGUAUCAUGAUCAAUACCAUCCUGAUGGUUUGGCUGCGAUGGACAGUAACUUACCCGGUGUCUUGACUCCUCCUGCUGCUCUUAAUCCUCCGACUAAUUUCCCUGUGCUUGCCCAACCUCUUCGCGCCCACCCUUAUCUACCUCCCGUCGAUUAUAAUCCCGCCAUCGCAGCACCCAAUCAGUCCAUCAAGCACCCUUUGCAGGGACAGACUACGUUCCAGAGGAGCAUGGACUCUACUAGCGAGAAUAAUACUUCUCGCUCAUUGCCCUACAGUGGACCGCAACAGCAGUUUAUCGUGAACCCUACCAUGGCCCGUAACCCGACCGAAGCCCUUCGCCUUGAGGUUGUUGAUCAGAGGACCGAGUUGUACCGCGUUAAGCACGAUAACGACAGUCUCAUGAAGCGCGUGCAGGCCCUGGAGGUGGAGAAUGCUCGUAAAGAUCAGGUCCUGGAAAUGAUACAGCAGAGGAUCAGCGAGUUGGAGUUGGGUGGUGGUGGUGGUAAAGGUGUGGUAAUGGGAGCGGGAGACGUCGAGGAAGAGGACAAGAAACCGGAUGUGACGGGAAAAGCGAAAAGUGAGAGCCAGCUAUUAGCCUCAAACACAAAGAUACUGAAACUUACCGCUGACACCUUUGCCCGCUUCCAUGGUCGUACCGCUCUGACGGUUAAAGAAGACUUCCCGACUGAUUGGGAUACCUUUCAUCCGAGUCAGGAGAAGCAUGCCCUAGGAAUUGCAGAUCAACCUCAGAUCCGUCUGAACUGGAACGAGCGCGCAACACAUCAGUUCAACGUACCGAAGAUUGAGGGGUUAGCGACGUGGGCAAAGAAUCAUGGAGGUGACGGCAGAGAUGCAACCAAGGACCUACUGAAAGACAUCACCCUCGAAGAUCUUAUUCAGCGCUUCAAGAUUAAAUUUGACUCACUUCGUAAAGUGUGGCGAGGAACGGCGAGGAAAAAGGAUGAGGAUUCGAAACGUGAGCGCGACUACAGGAAUCGGGCAGAGGGAAAACUGAAGACACGUACGAGCAAGCGUGGUGCUCUGCCCGCUGACCAUCCUCUCAAGCAUCCGCGAUAUGACACCGCGAUGACUUUGCAAGCAAUGUCCGACGAUGAAGACAAGGUCCAAAAUGGAGAGCGCGUUCAGAACGUGUUCGUUUCACGUGCCCCGACCUACCGCAGUGCAGAGCUCUCCACUUUUUUCGGAGGGCUUGAUGCUUGUAGAGAUCCGAACCCGAGUCAGCAAUACUGGCAACGCGAGCGUGGUGAGCCUAAAGAGAAGAGUUUACCUGUUACCCGAGGAUUGGACGGUCGUACCAGACGUUGGAUGGUUGAUCAGAUUUGGCUGAACGCUCACCGUGAGGAGGAUAUCGCAUCGAAGUUGGCCGACAGUGGUAUUGCUUGGGGCGAUGCAGAGAACCCAGAGGAUGUUGAGAGUCGGUUGGCGAGGAAUGCGAGUGAGAAGAAGGAGGAUGCGGUGAAGCGCAAGGCGGAGAAGCUGGAAGGAGGCGAUGCGGCGAAGAGAGUGAAGACGGAGGAUAUAAAAGGGAAAGGCAAGGCGGUGGCAAAGGCGGAGGACGGCAACCGUGGAGUGGGCUCGAGCGAAGCCGAACAAGGUUGA